AGCGGGGCGGAGCGGCGCAGCGGCGGCCAUGGGGAGACGCGGCCGAGGCGGCAGGAGGUUGCCGCUGCUGGCAGAGCGGGCGGGCGCCGGGCGCCGAGCGAUCCCCGCGGCCCGCCCCAGCCCGGCUGCAGCGGCCCCGCGCGGUGUGUCCAGGCCGCGGCGGCCCAGGCGACAGGCGAGCUGCGCGGCCCGGGACGGGGCAGCGCACGGAAUGAUCAACUUUUGCCCGCAAUGUGGCCAAAAGGUAGAGACGGCAUUUCAUUUCUGCCCUGUCUGUGGGAAUAAGCUGCCUAAAGAAGAUAAUGAGGAACCAAUGCAACUCACUCCAGAUGCGUCUCUGUCCUCUCUGAAAGCCCUGAGGCAGAAUGAGCCAGUUCCAGAAACAAGAAAGACAGUGGAGUGGAUAUCUUCUGAGAAAAUACCAGCUUCCACUUCGACUGAAGAGGAGGUUCGGAGCCCACAGGCUGCUUCCCCAAGUACCAAGGUGGCAUCGAAGGCAAAGUUCAGUUCCCGAUCUCCCCGGCGGCUCAAGUCCACCUCCGUGGCACCUCUCCCAGAGGGCAAGAUCCUGACCGACCAGAACAGCAAGCAGUGGAAACUGGGGAAGCUUCUGAACCAGAGCGUGUGUGGGCUGAUGUAUGAAGCACAAUCAGCAUCUGGAGCCUGCCCUCAAAAGCAAAGAUACUUUCUCAAACUUGACGCCAAAGAUGGCAGGAUCUACAAUGAGCAGAUCUUCCUGCAGCGAGCAGCAAAGAAAAUCACAGUGGAUAAGUGGAAGAGGAUGCACUCGGUACCCUUGCUGGGGAUCCCAAAUUGCAUUGGCUUUGGACUCCAUGAGAGUAACUACAGGUUUCUGGUGUUCCCUGAAUUAGGGCGAACUGUUCAGUCAAUCCUGGACGAUGGCACAAACCUACUGACGGAGAAACCGGUUUUUCAGAUCGCCAUUAGGGUGCUAGACUCCCUGGAGUACAUCCAUGGAAACGAGUAUGUGCAUGGGGACAUCACAGCAGAGAACAUCUAUGUGAACCCAGACGACCUCACAGAGGUCACCCUGGCGGGUUACUGCUUUGCAUUCCGAUACUGCCCGGGAGGAAAGCAUGUGGCUCAGCAUGAAGGCAGCAGGACUCCUCACGAGGGCACCAUUGAGUUCAUGAGCCUGGAUGGGCACAGAGGAGCUGGACCAUCUCGCCGGAGUGACCUGCAGUCUCUGGGCUACUGCAUGGUGAAGUGGCUGUGUGGCGUCCUGCCCUGGACUGAUGACCUGGCUGAUGUGCACAAGGUCAUGGAGCAGAAAGAGAGGUACAAAACAGACGUGGUCGGGCUUCUGCGACUGUGCUUCGGCCGAAAACCGAUUCCAGAUGCCCUGCACAACUACCUGCAGCAAGCCCUGGCCUUGGCCUUUGAAGAGGAGCCAGACUACGAGGCACUGCGAAAGCUCUUGGGGAAGCCGCUGGAGAUGAAGAGAGCUUCAGCUUAUGACUCGGUGGACCUCAAGGUGGUGCCUUAGGGAACUCAGCAGUUCUGAAAGGGUUAAGAUGUCCUGAGGAUCACUUCUCAGUACAAGGGAGCUGGUUGGCUGUUCCCAAAGGCUGGAGCAACAUCAGAACUUGUGGCACUGUUCUUUGAUGCCAAAUGUGCCUAACCUGGUCAGAUUGGCUUUGCCUCUCUGUGUCCCUGCGGCUCGCAGACAGACUGUUGAGUAAGAGCCCUUUCUGGGUAGGGGGCAGGAGGAAUGAAGAUGUGCACAGCCUUUAGGUAGAGAGCUGCCCAGCUUCAUGCCACGCUCGUCCUUUGAAGCAGGCUCCUAGAGCUCCGCUUUCUCAGGGACGCUGACUGAGCAGUGAACACUCACUCUAUUCCCUCCUUGGAGGUAUAGGUGUAGCCCUAGUUUUGCUGAGUUCUGACAACUUGCCACCUUCAGAAGCGCCCAUGGCUAGUCUAAGGUCUCUCUGUGGUGUCCAUCAUCUUGGGAUCUAAGGUGGGUAGAGAAUGUGUUCCUGCUAGAUCAGGCAGCACGUGGCUGGUCAAGUCCACCUAAAUCUGCUAGCUAAAACGUCUCUCCCAUCUUGGAGGCUGUAAAAUUUGUUGGUAGCCACCAAGGUAUUGAACCAAGUUCAGCCCUAGCACAAUCUAGCCAAUUCACGUAGAGACUUGGCCCUUGUCUCAGCUUAGAGUCAGACCCAAGUAAAUUGGCUCCAGGUGGCACUGCCAACAGCACUGACACAUGCUCCAUCCCCUGAUUUAUGUUGUUCUUUGUGGCUUUUCAGAUCUCAAGAAACUGACAAACUGUGAGAGGUUUAACCUAUUGGAAGGGCCCUGCUCUGGGGCAGCCAGCUCCUGCUGUCCUUCAUUACACACCUGUUCUAGAUUUCCUUGGGGGUUUGAUAGGGAUUGUUUUUAGGGCUUUUACAGUGAUUUUUAGAAAGCUGACUUUUGAGCCAGUGCUGUAGCUUAAUGAGCUCCAGCUAAUGUGAAGACUAAACCCCUGCUUGGCAGAUGGCUGCCCCAACCACUGUUUGCAACUACCUAGCAACUGGGAGCGUUGCCAUACUGACACACACUGAGCCCGGUGAAGGGAAAAGAAAUCAGGGGGGUUUAAAUGUUUGUAUCCUGCCUAAUAAACAUUGUUUGUUUUGUAAUAAACGCUUUGUGGAUGGA